ACCUGAAUAGGACGUUCAAAUUAUGUCUAACUCUUAUCUUUAGUCUUAAGACCUAACUUUUUAAACCCUGGCUCGUCUUUUUGGUCUAACUAUCGUUACAUGUUGGAAUGAACGAACCAAUUUGUGCCGUUUUAAUUUUUUUCGUUAGAGUCGUGUUUGGUGACCCUUGCAAUACAUUCGCAUUGCUAGACGACAGUCGACGAAGUGUUGACUACGUUAUAGCAGACCCUGUGAAUGAUGUGCCACUAUGUGACCGGUCAAUAAAUCAAACAUGGUACAAAUUUGGAAAUCAAGGUAAAUCCAUGCCCACCAGUUGUGUACGCACGAACCACUGUGGUACGCACAUACCUCUAUGGAUGGCAGGAACAAAUCCGUCCCAGGCGGAUGGAAUAGUCGUUAGAAGGGUUUGUGGAACAAAGUAUGAUAACAGUGACUGUUGUAGUUUUAGUGGUACAAUUAGAGUCAAGAAUUGCGGGUCAUUUUUGGUGUACGAGUUGAAACCAGCCACUGGAUGCUCCACCGCUUACUGUGCAGGUACAGGAAAGUCAUGUCCUCCUGGCCAAUGGUCUCCUACUGGUCAUCAACCCGGGUGUAGAGCUAUGAGUCCUUCGAUGUCACAAUCGCCAACACUUUCCAAUCCUAUUGUCACAUCUUCAACGUUCAAGUUCAACUGUCAUAUCAAUUAUGAUCCCUCAAAAUCUGAUGUUGGAUUUCAAGUCAAAUGGAUGUUUGAUAACCAAACGGACCCUGCCACGCCUGUUACGACAGUACGCGGUUCAGAUCGAGAUGCCGAGCUAGAUCAAAAGUAUUUACAGAACCAUCUCGGAAAAACGCUUAGCUGUGUCGUCAAACCCUUCUAUCUGAACAGUCCGUUCACAAUGGGACCAUCUCAGACGAGCAACGGAUAUUGGUGUGGAAUAAAAUAUUCGAAUGCUAGUUUGACAGUUGGUGAAAAUGAGCCAGCGAAGAAGAUCAAAAUAAUAUCAACUAUACCAAUUGUAUGUCCGCCUGCAGCACAGCUGUUUUGCAAGCUCGACAUCUACUUAGAAAAUAAAGACGGUGACGCACGUUUCACACAAUGCACGCAAACACUAAAGCCUUCGGACUGGAAUUCAAGGACACACGAAGCUGUCACAGAGUUUGAAGUUUUGGCUGAACGGGAUUCAAAAAACGAUAGAGACAAAACAUUAGCAGUUCACUUUGCAACUAUUCAGUCUUUAGAUGCACCAGAAGUUUUUAAAAAUUACACUCUGCCUUACCUUCCCGUUCACACUAUUGACAAAGACACAGCCACUUGCCUAUGCACAAAUGACCCUUGGUGUACUACAUUUGAUGCCCCACACCGACGGACUGGCGUUCGGCACUACACUGUUCAAGAGAUUGGAGAAUUUACCAUGUAUGAAAGUACCGCUAAAAACCGUCUCUUCAAGACAGAAGUCCGAACUGGUACAUGUGGUUUGGACACAGGAUCAUGUAUUUGUGCUGUUGCAGCUCAGGAAGGAAACGACGUCAUCGUUAUAGAUAUGUGCCACACACAUUACGGACACGUUUAUCCUCAAGUCACUAUUCCGAAUAGCAAAAAUCAGGGAAUGGUGGUUAACAGGGAUACAUCUGGGGAUAAUUAUUUGGUUGAUUUUCCAUCGGGAGCUCAAGUUCAUGUUGAAGUUUACAAUCGUCAGUCACUAACUGUGACGGUGAUUGCACCAGAAAGUGAUUUUGGUGCAACAGCUGGGUUGUGUGGUACUUUUGACAACAACUUAAAUAACGAUCUGCAGCAUAAAUCAGGUCAUAUAGAAACCUUUAAUCAUAUGCCGCAUGCUUUUAUUGAGUCAUGGAGGAUUCCGAUCGGGUCGUCAAUAUUUGACAAUAUAUGCAAUCUCCCCAUCGAUCCAAAAUAUAACAAAGACAUUUAUUACUGCGACUGCACCAACAACACUAAGCACCAGGUUGACUGUCACUUAACCAAAGGUGCGCAACCAGCUGUAAAGGCUCGUUGUCCAACAUGUUCAACUACAAUGACGUCCACACAUUGUAAUGCGCAAGGAGGCAUAGGAAAACGAGCAGCGAAUCCCUUAGCAGAUAACUCGCCUGUAUAUUAUACCUUUGAUUACGGUCUUGGUCAUCAAGCCAAAGAAAAGUUUUUCCCUACACCUAGCGGUAUUUCACGUCAAGAUGCAGAGACUGCUUGCAAACUGGCAUUCGGCCAAAGUUCUCCAAUCCAAAGGUGUAAGACAUACGCCGGGGUCAAAUCGGAUGAUUACAUUGACAUGUGUAUAGAAGACUUAAAAUACUCUGAUGACAAAUCGUUUAUCGGGAUGGCUGUGAAUGCAGCAGUGACAUCAUGUCGCUAUGAAAUACUGAAGAACGUUUCUACUUACGAUAAUAAUGGUCAACCACCUGCCUUCAUUACCACUGACAUUUGCCCAAAAGAUUGCUCUGGACACGGAAAGUGCCAGCGUGGGACAUGCAUUUGUGAUUUUGGUUACUAUGGCGGCGACUGUAACAUUGAUACACGCGUUCCGCCACAAUUAUACUUCUAUGCUAGCGCUGUUGCUGAUGACUCUGUUUUGUGUGACGUCACUAUGAACCAGUGUAAAGUGGCAUUUGUGGCAGGAAAUAACUUGUUCAACAAUUCACGUUUAUCAUGCAAAAUUAGAGAAUUGGAGUUUGAUGGUUCGUCAUUUGUAUCAACAGGCCAACAUUACACAACAGGGGUUGUGUAUAACACUAGAGGCAGUGUGGGAUGUAAACUACCAGUACAAACCUCAGGUCAGUCUGUUGUUGGUUACAAUAUUUCAAUUUCUAAUGAUGGACGACUCUAUAGUAACGAGUUGAACGUCAUAAAGAUUGACUCCACAUGCAUGGAUUGUGACGACAUGGGUGCGUCUUGUCAAAUUAUGGAUCACACUUGUAUGAUUAAUGGCAAGUGCUAUCUGGCAGGGGAAUCUGAUACUGUUGACCAGAACCACAAAUGCGACCCAUCUAAAAGCAAAAUGACUUGGACAAAUGCAAACGGCGACUUGCACAUUGUACAAAAACCAGAUACAUUACCAACUGCACCUCUUGGAGGUACUCGACUGAAACGGUUCGACAUUUGGACAACAACUCAGACCGGGUGUAAAUGUGGCCAUGAUGCAACACAAACCAACUGUGCAUGUUGUGAUGCUGGUGGAUGUCAAUGCCCGGCUCCAAACCAAAACCAGUGUGCUGUAUGUGGUAAUAUGACAACCUGUGGAACUCCUCAGCCUGCACCGGAAAUGGGUCUGGAUGGUUACACAAUAGCUCUAGCAGACUGCACUUGUCUAUUUGAUAACACACGAUACAACUGUGCGUGUUGUAUGAAUCGUCAAAGCUGUCAAUGUGGAUUGGAGCACAGAAACCAGUGUGUCGAUUGCAAGCACAUGGAUCAAUGCGGAAAGAAACCAUGGAUCUUUGGACCAGCCAUGCCAUUACAUGAUUAGACGCUUCUAGAUAUUUUCUUUCUAUUUCAACUUCAGUAUUGUUGCCUUUUUAAUUAUUAAAUAUAAUAUUGAA